AUGUAUCAAUAUGGGAACCGUCUGCAGAUGAUCACAAUGUCCUACAUUACAUACUCUGGAUUCAAUUCAGCCUGUCAACCUGAAUUUGCAAUUUCCCAACAGUGUGCGAUGCAGCAAUAUGUUGACUUUGUGGGACCUGCCGACAUAAGAGCCCUGGGCUCCCUCAAGGCCCUCUACCUCUCCAACAACCAGUUCUCCGGCGUCAUCCCUGAGGGGGCUUUCCUGGGGACCAGGUCUCUGAAGAAGGUUUACAUCUCCAACAACGAGUUCACCGGGAAGAUCCCUUCGUCCCUCACUCAGCUCUCCAAGCUCAUGUUCCUCAGGCUUGACGCCAAUCAGUUUGAAGGAGAGAUACCGGAGCUCAAGCAGCCCGCUCUCCAGCUCCUCAACGUCUCCUAUAACAAGCUCGAAGGCAGAAUUCCAGAAUCCAUCAACAGCAUUGAUGAUCAAGCUCUGGCCAGAACGCCACUCCCAGCGGGAGAGAUCACACAGGAGGAGAAGUUGACAUUCCUACAGGACGGUGGGGAGAGGUUCGAGUUGCAGGAUCUGUUGAGGGCUUCAGCAGAAGUGCUGGGCAGCGGCAACUUUGGGUCUUCGUACAAGGCAGUGCUGAUCGAAGGGCCUUCGGUGGCCGUGAAGAGAUUCAAGGAGAUGAAUAGGGUUGGGAGAGAGGACUUCCAAGAGCACAUGAGAAGGCUUGGCAGGCUGUCUCACCCUAAUGUCCUGCCUCUCGUCGCCUAUUACUACAGGAAGGAAGAGAAGCUCAUCAUCACCAACUACAUUCUCAACGGCAGCCUGGCUCACAUGCUUCACGGCAAUCGCGGAUCAAACCUUCCUCCUCUGGGGUGGCCGACGAGGCUGAAGAUAAUAAAGGGGGUAGCAAGAGGGCUAGCCUACUUAUACGAAGAGCUCCCCAUGCUUAUUCUGCCACAUGGACACCUCAAGUCAUCCAAUGUGCUCAUCGACGACAACUACGAGGCCCUCCUAACCGACUACGCCCUUGUGCCCUUGGUCAACAACUCGCACGCCUCCCAGGUCAUGGUCGCUUAUAAGGCGCCCGAGGUGACAGAAACAGGCAAACCAUCGAAAAAGAGCGACGUGUGGAGCCUUGGGAUAUUGAUACUGGAGGUACUGACAGGUCAGUUUCCGGCUAUUUACCUGCAGAAAGGGAAGGGAGGCGGUGAUUUGGCGGGGUGGGUGAAUUCGGUUGUUAAGGAGGAGGCGUUCGAUAGCGAGAUGAAGAGUGCUGAGAACGGGGAGAAAGGGCAGAUGUCUAAGCUGUUGCACAUUGGAUUGCGAUGCUGCGAGCCGAACGCCGACAACAGGUGGGACAUCAAGGAAGCAUUGGACAGGAUUGAGGAGCUCAAGGGGACGGGAGCCGAGGAAGAGGAGGAAGAUUCUUCGCUUCUGAGCGAGGUGGCGUUGGGUUCUUCAAGUUAAUUAAAAAAAGAAACACCGCUCUUGUUGCAAACAAAAACAAAUGAUGAGAGAAUGAUCAUUUUAUCUCAACUUUAAAAAUUUGAAAAAAAAAACAAAUUAAUUAAGAAAAGAAAAGAAGAAGGGAAGAGGUCAUUGUGAUGCUUGAUUCAGAUUUUGGCAUUCAUCAGUCUCGACGGUGUGGCUGUUUGUCAGUGUCUGAGCUUUCUUUGGUUCUUGUAACUACAUAUUUGGAGCCGCAUGUGAAGUGGUGGUGGAAUUUGUAAGAGAUUUCUUCCCCCCCUCCAAACAUGUCAAUUUUUGCA